UAUAUAUAUAUGAAAUGAGCAUAAACUGAAUUCGCUACAACUUAAACUACCACGGUUUAUUCUUAUAGUGGUACUUUAUAAAUGUUGUUUUCACUUUAUGGUUAUGAGAAUUAGAACUUGCAAAAUAUAUUUUUCCUUGUGCCAAAAAAAAGAAAAAAAAGAAAUGCUGUUUCAAUUAAUUUUUAUUUAUUUUUGUAUUUUGGGGUAAAAUAUGACUUGGACAAGUUUUUUUGAGAUUCACCCUAAUUGGCCUGAUUUUUCCUUAAAGAUAACACUAAUUAUAUAUAUAUAUAUAUAUAUAUAUAUAUAUAUAUAUAUACACACACUUUUUUUCUGCAAGUACUUCUAUUGUUUUUUAGUUUUUUGUUUAAUUUUGUGUGCCUGUAUUAACAGAACUAAGUCAGUAUGUCAUUCUGGUUGCAUAUCCUUAAUUUCAGAGACCCUUCAACGUGCUCUCCCUGCUGUCUUUCCAGUCACCUGAAGGCUGCACCCAGUGCAGGACUCCAUACUCAGUGUCUGUUCGCAGCAUAAAGCGAGGGCCAAAAAAUCUGUCAGGGAAACAGAAACUAGCACAAGACAUAAAGAUGGCAUGUUCUUACGAAGUAACGUCAGUGUGUUUUUGAUUUAGUGGAGCGAGUGUUAAUGGAUGCGGUCAGCCCCCGAUCUCUCCUUACCUUCGUCUCUCUGUUGGAUGAAACUCUGGUGUGUUCUUAAACUCUGCAGUUGUUUCCAGUACAAAGCGGCAGCCAAGGAUAAUUUGAUUGGAUUUUACACUCAAGCGGCAGCAUGAUUAACCAAUCAAAACUGCAAUGUGCCAAACACAGAACCUGCUCAUCUGCACGGUAACUGAGCCAUUUGAAAGUGUUUUAACCCUGGGUGAUGGAUAACCUGUGUGUGACUAAGCUGUUCAUCAAUCAGUGUGGUGAUUUCACUAGAGGUGAACUGAUGAGUCAAUUGACCCUGACAUGCUCCUUCAUCCGUGUGUGUGUGUGUGUGUGUGUGUGUGUGUGUGUGUUCUGCCCCUGGCUUCCCCUGUCCAUGAAGCAUAAUUCACAUCUGCAGAGGUUACAUCUCUCUCUGGCAGACCAGUUUUAUCUUGAAUGGAGAUGUAAUGGGGUGAAGAGGCAGGGUGGGAUGGGAGUUUUGGAGCCAAAAUGUUUGUCAGUGAAAGUAUAAUCCUAUAAUUAUAUAAAUUAAUUAAAAGCGAUGAUUUUAUAAAAUAAUUUAAAAAAUAAAGUUCUACAAAAAAAACACUGCCUUUGGUGUUUGAGUUUUGGAUAAAUCAUGAGCUUGAACUCACUGAAUCACCAGCGCUCAGGAACUAUCGGGAUGUACAAGUUUAAAAAAAAAUGGUUUCAGUAGAACAUUGUUAAACAAAGCUGUUUGAAAACGACCACACUGAACGAAAUGUUUUCACAAUAAAAUGACUAUUGGUUUGAGUUCAUAUAAUUCAUCAGAGGAACACGUCUGCUAGUUGUCAAGUAUACUCAUUAGACACCAUUUAGAGGAAGAGAUGUUUUUGCUGGUGAAUUUGGCAGAGAUGUUAAAGGCAAACUGCAUGGACACGCAUUAAACAAUACACUACAAGUGACAUCUAAUUUAGGUUUCUUUUGUAUAUUCUACAAAACAAAUUAUUUUAAUUACUUUAAUGUAAACAAAUAUACACACACACAUUGUGUGUGUAGAUGUAGACUUCAACAUUUCUUAUCCUUUUUUUUUUACUCUAGACCCACUAACAUGAAAAGAUUGGACAGCAGAAACAGUGAUCCAGGAAACUGGCCAAUGAAACUGUUCACGUCUUUCUAAAUUGGAAAAUAUGACCGUUGUUAUUGUCUUUCUGAGUGAGGCCAUUGACUGUAAACUGCUGCUCCUUGAGAGUGAUUGCUCGCUCGGCCCCAAGUUAUUUUAUAUUUACCUGUUACAUUUUUAUUUUGAGCGAAUUUGAGUCGAGUGGUAUGACAAUGUAGAACAAAAACUGGAAUGUGACCACAGGAAGGGUCAGAUCUGCGAGGUCCUGCAAACAAUGGCAAAAUGAGGUAAGAAAUUCAAAUAUAUAAACAAAUAUAUUUUGAUAAAUAUAAACAAAUAUAUAAAACAAAAUAAAAAAUAAAGAUUAAAAUAAAAUGUAUUGCACUUUCUAAUGACAGUAUCAUCUCUUUUUCAAGGAAACAGCUGCUUUACAACUUCAAAUAUUUUUCACAAAUAUGAGAACAUUAGUUAAAGAAUUAAACAAGUAUUGCACUGUUAUCUGACAGUAUAACUUUCUAAUGAUUGUUUCAUCUCUUUUUCCUCUGCAUAAAUUUAGCUUCAAGGAAACAUGGGCAACCCUAAAACAUUAAUAAAAGCCUGAGCAGAGCACUGGUCUCUGCAACUUUGUCUAUCACAGUGUCAUUGUCCAAAGACAUGAGAAUUUCUUUCUUAGUGCACAUGAGCAGGGACGUCACUAGGAUUGGAAGACAGGAGGGGCUUAGCCCCCAGGGUAUUUGUAACUUGUGUUUGCAAAAUCUUUGCACUCACAUACAAGUGUGUGUGUGUAUUUAUAUAAAAUAAUUAUACACAGUGAGAGUACACACACAUUUACUAUGUAAAUACAAACUUUUAUUUUGGAUGCGAUUAAUCACGAUUAUAAUCGUCUCAGCCGUUAGAAUAUAGCUAGCAUAUAUAAUAAACAUAAUGAAAUAAUUUAGUUUAGGCUAUGCAUAGUGCCUAGACCUGCCAACAAAUGCUUAUUGUUAGAAGAAAACAAAACAAUCCUUAGACAUAGACCAUUACUGACCUCAAUCACACUGGCUCCCUCAGAAUCAACUGGCCUGCCAAUCUCCUGCGGCUGCUUCUCCUUCUCUCUGCUAAAAUAUCUUUGAAUAUCCAUCUCAUCUGCUCAAUGAAUUGAAGGAUACAACAGUAAUAGCAUUAACACCCUAUGACAUUUAGUUUUCAGUGACAACAACAUUCUGAGGGGAUUGAUAUUGUUUUAGAAUAUGCCUAUUAUAGAGGUUAUAUUAUUGGAAAAGAAUAAAGAGUCGUGAUUAGCUUGCUAAGUUAACCAUUUCUUGUAUUUUGCUUGUUUACUCUAACGUUAGCUAGACUACAGUUUUCAAUAGCAAACCAACAUAUCCCCUUUCCUGUACCUCAAGAAAAUGUAGCUUAAGGUAAGCAGGUAAUUAAAAACAACAUAUAAUUUCACUCUGUAUCACGACACUUACCAAUCUUCCUUUCACCAUUAGUGUGUGUAUCGGUGUGUGUGGGCGGGAGGGUGCAUAGCGAGUUCAGACCAAACUAGAGUAAUGACGAGACGAGAUGAAUCCUCCGGUCUGCAACGCUUUGAAAGCUGCCAGUUCACACCAAUCCAACGAGACGGUGCGGUGCAUCAUCUUGAUAGCACAACGACUCUUUGUACUUCUGUCCAACUUCUGACUUUUCGGCUAUUUUUUGUAGCUGGAUAUAUAUCAUUUGUUGCGUCUCAAUAUGAAUGAGGAUACGGUUGUUGAUAAAUCAAAUUGUUAUUGUUGUAUUUAUUAUCAUUUAGGGGGGCUUAAGAACAUUUUUGGGUAGCUUCAGCCCCCCUAAAAUAGGCCUAACGACAUCCCUGCACAUGAGCACGAAUGCCUCAAAGUUCUUCUGGGUUAAAGUGCUCCUGAGUCUGUUUUUUAUGAAUGUCACUGUUGAGAAGCUUCUCUCACAGGCUACUUGUGUGAUGGACAGUGUUAAUAGCAACUUGUAGGCGAGUCCAAUCACAGGCAUCAGUAAGUAGAUUGUACUGAGAGAGAAUGAGAUAAACACAAUUUUUAAACACAGUUUUUACGGGAGCAACAAGUUUUGCUCUCUAGUUCGACAUCCUGCUGUUCCAUGGAAGGAUCCUCAUCACCUCCUUGUGGGAUUUCACUAGCUGUCCUAACAAUGUAACCCUCCAGAGGGGACAUCUUUAGUCUGUCCCACUGAGAUGCAAGGCUGUACAGUUCACCACAUAAUGUGCCAACUGUAGCCCUGUCGUCAAACUUAAGCAGACAUUUGCUUAUUUCUUCCAGAGCUGAGCUGGGAAGUCCAUUUUCCCUCACAUGAGCAAAGUUUCUAGGGUCUAAACAGGCGAAAUCUGACCAAAGUUUUGCAUUAGCAGAAAACCUCCUUUGGAUACUGCCUAUUACUGUGUCUACAAUCACAUUGUGUACUUUUACCUCAAAGUCAGUAUCAGCUGAUGCUAACUGCUCAUCUUCUGCAAGCUCUCCAGGCAUUCUUUUCUUUUUCUGAUCCUUCUCUCAGAAAAGACAGCCUGCACUACAAGCUCACACUCUUCCUCCUCUUGCAACUUUCCAUUAGCACACUUCACAAACUCAUCAGCUCCUUCAAAGUCCCUAGCACACUUCCUGAGACCCUCCUCUGUUCCCUCAACCAGACGUUGAGCUGUGAUGAUAUCCAUUCCCUUUGUCUGUAAGUAUUUUGAAAGGGAGGAUGUAAGCUCAAAAAUGCGAAGGAAGAGUUGAGCAGUGACCACUGUCUCAUACUUCAAAAAGCCUUCUAUGAAUCCCUUUGCAUUGGCCCUCACAGAUGGCUUUUGUGUACUGUCAUCUAUAAUGGUGUCUAAAGUCAUGAGCACUUCAAAAAACAAGCCUUCUGAGGAUUCCCGAAGCACCCAAACACUUUACUUGGUGCCUGAUCCUUAGCCCACCACCUAGUUGGCUCUAUUGGGCACAGUCGUCUGUGAUGCUUGUCCUGACUCUUCUCCUCCCACUUCUGCAAGCGCUUGUAUGACUCUCUUAAAAAACUGCUACAUCGUUAUGCAGUGAAAACAGAGACGCACUUUCCACAACACUUGCAGGCUGCACUCUGCGAGAAAAUAUUCAAUAAAAAAGAGUGGGACUGCGGUAAAAUAAUAAAAAUAAAAAUAAAAAUAAUUCAACCCAGUGCCAUGACAACAAAGGCCCUCGCGGCCAAAAAAACCAUACAUUUUAUUGCUUCCCCUUAGAAAGAUACGUUCAAACGUAUACUAUUAUAAAACAAAUUAUUACAUCUUAAAAAACAUGAAAUUCUAAGGGGAAAAAAACUUUAAUAAUAAAAAAAAAAAAAUAGUAACGCAUAUACAUUUAUAUAAAAUAAUGCAUGUAAAGAGACAACCACACUCCCUGGCUUAUAAAGCGAGAAUAAAAUUCCGAAGAAAAACCUCUGUGACGUCACAGUAGCUGGAAGCACUGCGUCACCAGUCGCUUGUUCGUGUGCGGACUUGUCAGGUGAAUGAGAAUCCGCGCGCAAGUGAAGACAGUUAGCUAGAGACUGAGUUUGACAGCGCCCCAUCAUGAGCGCUCGAGUCUGUCCUGCGCUGGAGCCGGUGGAGCUCAGCAGCUGUCCGGUGCUGGUGUCAGCAGAUGGCGCUCUGACAGCUGGAGGAAACACCAGCCCCACAGAAAGCCAAACGAAAAACAAGAAGUGUGGCAUCUGUGCUUUCUUCAAGAGAACAUGGCAGGCUGUAAAAUCUGUGGACUGCUGUUGUCGCAGAGGCAACAGAGUGACACUUUUUCAGCCAAACACCGAUCCAGCAGACCCCCUGAGCCCCCUUGAGUCGACGGCUCUCCGGGAUCCAGCUGAUCCUGAGCCAGCUGAAGAAAAGCAAAGAAAAAACAAGAAGAGUGGCAUCUGUGCUUUCUUCAAGAGAACAUGGCAGGCUGUAAAGUGUGUUGACCGCUGUCACCACAGAAAAAACAAAGUGACGCCUUUUCAGCCAGAGGCAGAUCCAGAUGACCCCCAGCGCGCUCCAUCCGGCCUUGAGUCCAUGGCUGUCCCUGAUUUAGACCGGACCGGUCCGGAUGAAGUUCCAGCUGAUCCUGAGCCAGCUAAAGAAAAGCAACCAAAAAUGAAGAACAUAGGUAUCUUUGCAUUUGUCAAGAGAGCAUUGCGGGCUGUAAAAUGUGCAACAAAGCAAAACAUCAAGGACCCUGUUGCACCCCAGCCCAUCACUGACUCAGCUGAGCCGCAAGCAGGUCCAUCUGAAGCAGCAGCUGAUCCUCCAGCCGAGCAGCAGCCAUGUUCUUCUGGCCCUGUGUCAGCUGAUCUGCAGAGUCCAGGCCAGUCUGACCCUGACCAAGGUUCAUGUUAAUUCUGCCCUGUUUUAUUUUGUUUGUUGUUUCUCCUCCGAUUGAUUGACAUGUCUAGUCUACUAGCUCCUGCUUGUGCAGUUUAAGCCUUUAUCAGCUAUUCAGAAUUUUCAUUUGCCUCCCUUUAUGAAGUGAGAGCAAAGAUUUCUUCGGGAGGAUUCGGCACUGUGUUCAGAGGAUUUCACAAAUCUGAUGGUCAGGAGGUUGCCAUCAAAUUUAUCCCUAAGAGGAGCACAGACCAG